AUGUCUUACCGCCGCUCUGCUCUCUAUCGUUUCCGCGGCGUCCUCGUGUUGGUUGUCUUCUUCGUCAGCAUCUUCUACUUGACGUCCCACCACGAUGGCACGGCCGGGUCGACCGACUUCCCCUCUAUCAUCAACUGGAUGAAAGAUGGCGGCUAUGAGAUCCUACUGCCGACCCAGCAGGAUGUGAAGCGCAGGGCAGCCUCUGCCGCUGCCCCGACUACGGCAUCCGGCGCCAAGGGCAAGGGCUUGCAGCCCACGGCCAAGGCGCCCGAGCCGCCCUCCCCCGCCGGCGAGGCAGCCUUCCUGCUGGACGAGCCGAACCCGCACCAGAAGCCCAUGGACCCUCUUGAGAGAGAGUUCUUCUCGUGGAGGAAUGAGGAGUACGAGAUGAAGAAGAAGCCGCCGCCCAAGCCGCCACGACAGUCGGCGCCGCCCAUCCCAGACCCGUUCCCCAUGCUGUCGCAAAACCCCCCGGCAGAGGUCAGCCGGGAGCUGCGGGCCAGAGUGCCCGAGAUCAACCGCCCUCCGAGGACCCAUGUCCCAGAGGACACGCCGCUCCUGAUCGGCUUCACGCGCAACUGGCCGCAACUGCUGCAGUGUGUCUCGAGUUACAUCACCGCCGGCUGGCCCCCCGAGGACAUCUACGUCGUCGAGAACACGGGCGUCAUGUACUCGAACCGUGACAACCUCCUCUCGCUCCAGAACCCUUUCUACAUGAACCACACCCAGCUCGCCAUGCUCGGCGUCAACGUCAUCGUCACGCCCACCCUCUUCACCUUUGCACAGCUCCAGAACUUCUACGCCUGGACCGCGCUCGAGCGGAACUGGACCGACUUCUUCUGGUCGCACCAGGACGUGGUGGCCUUUUCGUUCGAGAAGGAGUUCCGCCCCCACACCGACGGCUCCAAGGACGUUGCCAACUAUUCGCUCUACUCGAGGGCUGUCGCCAUCCUGCGCUACCUCCACCAGCCGGGCAUCCCAAAGUGGGCCCACCACUUCUUUGCCUACGACCACCUGACCCUGGUGCACCGGGAUGCCAUUUUGGAUGUCGGCGGCUGGGAUACCCACAUCCCCUUCUAUGCCACCGACUGUGACAUGUACGAUCGCCUCCAGUGGGCAGGCUACUUCCAAGGCUCGACACAGAUCGGCAUUAUCAUCGAUACCUCGACUACGCUUGACAACAUAGCCGCCUUCUUCCGGAUACCCGGCACCCACGCAACCUUCGCCGGCGACCCAGGCCCUGCCGACGCACAAGACAAUGAAGAGCAAAAGGUCAAGGAGCUGUCGAAAAUCGACGGGUUGGAGUUGGAUGACAAAGAAAUCGAGCGCAAGAGGCUGGUUGACGAGCAGGGCGAGACGAUCGAGCAACUGGUGGACAUCGCCUACCGUAUGCAGGCCGUCAAGUACAUCGACGGCGGCUGGUGGAGAAACAUGUGGCAGCUACGGCAGGGUGGAGGCGAGGGCGAGCCGUUCUACAGGGACCCUGAAGGCUUCCAGGUAGGCCUGGACAUGAUGAUCGAGACGGGCAGACGCGUAUUCUCCGAGAAGUACGGCCACCGGGGAUGCGACAUUGCCUUUAUGGGAAUCAAGGCUGAGGACGCGUGGAGGAUAGAGAGGGACUGGGAUCCCGCGACAGAGGGCUCUGGCAGCGAUGGACCGUACUGGUGA